CAUUAGAUUUUAAAAAAAAUUGUUCUUGCAUCAAAUUAACAAAGGAAAUUAAAAGAGAAAAGUCGGAAAACGAUUAAGCUUUAUAAAUUAAUUUAAAAAAGAAUUAUGUGCAAUGUCAAAAUUUGUUUUUGAUAGUAUGCUACCAAAAUAUCCACAAUUUCAACCAUUUAUAAGUUCGCACUUAUCUACAACGCAAAAUUCAUCAUCCGCCGCAGCAGCAGCUGCAGCAGUUGCAGCAGCAGUAGCAUCAUCAUCAUCGGCAUCAUCUUUAUUGACAACAAGUAUAAACGGUGGAAUUUCAUCGUUACACCACAAUAAUACACCUUCAUCUGUAUCAUCCGUAAUCAAUAAUUUAAAUAAUAGUAAUAAUAGCAAUAACAACGGUAGUAAUAGUAACAAUCAUCAUAGUACAAAUAACAAUAAUAACCAUACCAGCAAUAGCAAUAGUUUAAAUACAUCUCAUCAUAGUGGUGGUACAACGACAUCUAAUUCAGAAGGUAGCCCAUUAGCAAGUUCCGACGGUAGUCCGAAUCCUCCGAUUCCGACCAGUAAAAUGUAUCCAUAUGUUUCUAACCAUCCAACUACGCAUAGCAGCCUUUCAGGGAUGCCUGGAUUCUCUGGCUUAGAAGACAAAUCUUGCAGGUAUACAGACAGUGUAAUGAACAGUUAUCAGUCUAUGGGAGUACCAGGUGGAGCUUCUAGUUUUGCACAAUUUUAUCACCAAGCUGCAGCGGCAACAGCGGCUGCUGGUGCCGUCGGCGUAGGUGUAGAUGGUUUAGGUAAUGCUUGUACACAACCUACAUCUGGGGUUGUAUCCACCGGCGGUACAGGAUUAAGUAGUGCUGACUUACCUAGGUAUCCUUGGAUGGCAUUAACGGAUUGGAUGGGUAGUCCUUUUGAAAGAGUAGUUUGUGGUGACUUUAAUGGUCCAAAUGGUUGUCCUAGACGAAGAGGUCGUCAAACAUAUACAAGAUUUCAAACUCUUGAGUUAGAAAAAGAGUUUCAUUUUAAUCAUUAUUUAACACGAAGACGAAGGAUUGAAAUUGCGCAUGCGUUAUGUUUAACCGAACGACAGAUAAAAAUUUGGUUCCAGAAUAGACGAAUGAAAUUAAAAAAAGAAUUAAGAGCUGUUAAAGAAAUUAAUGAACAGGCACGACGGGAUCGUGAAGAACAAGAAAAAAUGAAAGCACAAGAAAUGAAAUCCGCCCAACAUAAAGUCAAUCAACAUCAUGAUCAUUCAUCGAUUGUAUCAUCACAAAAUUUAGGUGGUAGUCACUUACAUCAUUCAGUUGUGCAAAAUGAUUUAAAAUUGGGCUUGGGAAUGGGUGUAGGAGUUUCGAGUAAUUUAGGAAUGAUGGGUUCACUCGAUAAAACCAAUCACGAUAUAUUGAAAGCAGUCAGUAAAGUUAAUUCAUAAAUAAAUAAAUUUAAUUAAUUUAAAUUAUUAUAUAUAUAUAUAUAUAUAUAUAAAUACAUAUACAUUUAAAUACACAGAUAUAUGAGUAUAAAAAUAAUAUUAAUAUUAAAAUUAAAUACACAUUCAUUGAUUUAUAAGACUAAAUAAGUUUUAACAGAAAAUAAGUUUUUUUUUAUAUUAUAUUUAAAAAACAAAAAGAAAAAAAAAUAAGAAAAGAAAAACCAUUUAAAAAAAUUAAGGUGUGCGAAAAAAGUAAGUGUGGUUUAAACUAAAGGAAUAUUUCAAUAUAAUUAAUGAAAUAAUUUGAAUUAUAGUCUAUAGUAUUCAAAGAGAAUUAAUUUGGUUAUAUAAAAGAAAAGUAUAACAAACAAAAGGUAAAAUAAAAA